AUGUUGGACGACACUCGCGCCUUUAUAGCGGCGCAGCUCAAGGCUGCCAAACCCGCUUUUGUGUCAAAGACACCUCAUUUCAACUUCAUCACUGUUCAUUACUUUUGGAUUAUCUUUGCAACACUGCUCUCUUCUAUUCUCAUCUAUGCCGGUGGCAAGGGCCAGCUUCACUUUAUAGAUGCUCUCAUGUUCGGCAGUGGUGCAAAUACUCAAGCUGGACUCAACCCUGUGGAUGUCAACAAUCUCAACGGAUUCCAACAGUCCUGGAUUUACACAUUUUCCUUACUCUCUAACCCCAUCACACUACACACAUGCGUCGUGUUCCUCCGGCUGUACUGGUUCGAGAAGCGGUUUCAGCACUGGGUCCAGGAAGCCCGACUGCGUCGCCGAACUCUCAGCAAGUCCAAAUCAAAGGCGCGAAAUGAUCUGAGCCAGGCUGAAAACGGUCAAGGUGUGAACGGAAGGCACAUCACAAUUGUACCGCGGAAUGAGAGGACAAACCGAAUUACCAAUGAUGGCAUUCUCUUGGAUAAGAUUCCAGAGGGCGAUCCCAAGCCCGUUGGCAGGAGCGACGAAAACAAUUCACACGUGAAUCCCGAGGAUAAUAGCUCUGCACCCGACGGGCGGCCAGAGCAUCACCCACUCACAACAGCCAUCACGUUUGCCGACACUGUUAAGAGAAGUGACGGCGUUGGCAGUGAAGCUACAAAGUUUCCCCAGCGACGCUCCAAUGCCGAACACAUUGCCAUUCUUGAGAGGCAGCGAAACCAGGACAACGAAGUGCUUCGCAUUCCUGGGCCGCGGGAAACAGAACGAGGUCUGGGUCCUCGACGUCUUGAAGAGGAUGACCAGCAGGAAGACGAGGAUAGGCCGAUUGGUCGCCAGACCACUGCCGACUCUCGCAAUGGCGAGUCGAAUAAUAUUCAUGGGCGACAGCCCACCAUUACCAUCGCUGAGCCCGAGCAUCGUAGGCGAGACGAAAUCGAAGAAGACGUUAGAGCCGUUGGUAGCACCCUGGAUACCCUGAGGUUUCGAAAGCCGCGCAUCUUCAACCGUUCACAAGACAAGCUGCACGAAGAUAGCUCAUCCAGACAAAGGUCGAGGACGCCAAACCCGCGCCCGGUGCGAACCAAAACCAUGGACACUAUCCGCUCCGUCUUGACCCGAGAAAAGGAGGUUGACAUGCCGUACCUCAGCUAUACGCCCACCAUGGGACGUAACUCAAACUUCCUCGGCCUGACCCUCGAACAGCGUGAGGAGCUUGGCGGUAUUGAAUACCGGUCGCUGAGAACUCUGGCCAUUGUGCUGAUGUUCUAUUUCUUCGCCUUCCACAUCCUGGCCGUUGUCUGUCUGCUCCCGUACAUUUAUGCCAACCAACACUUCGGAAACGUCCUUGCCCAGGAUGCUAUCGGCAAGACCUGGUGGGCGUUUUGGACCUCCAACAUGGCUUUUAUGGAUGUGGGAUUUACCCUGACGCCGGACAGCAUGAACUCGUUUGCCACUUCCGAAUGGGUUCUCAUGGCCAUGUGGUUUUUCAUCAUCAUUGGAAACACGGGCUUCCCCGUCAUGCUGCGCUUCAUGAUAUGGGUGGCUUCCAAGUUCACCUCCAGAGGCACUGGCCUUUGGGAAGAGUUUAGGUUCUUGCUUGACCAUCCCCGUCGAUGCUUCACGCUGCUCUUCCCGUCAAAUGCAAACUGGUGGCUGUUUUGGAUUCUCGUCUUGCUCAACGUUAUAGACCUUGUCUUCUUUAUCGUUCUCGAUCUUGGCGCAGAACCCAUCACCAGGUUGCCUCUUAGGAACAGAGUUGUCAUCGGCCUCUUCCAAGCUGCGUCAACCCGAACAGCCGGCUUCUCGGCCGUCAGCAUGUCUGACCUGCACCCUGCCAUGCCGGUUCUGUAUAUGAUAAUGAUGUACAUAUCCGUGUUUCCCAUCGCCAUUUCUAUUCGACGAACCAACGUCUACGAGGAGAGAUCUUUGGGCGUAUAUCAUGACCGAAGCGACGAUGACGAUUCGGAAGCAAGCGCUCUCGAUUAUGUUGGGACUCACUUGCGGCGCCAGCUAUCUUUUGAUUUGUGGUAUGUCUUUUUGGGCUUCUUCCUUCUCGCCAUUACCGAAGGCGGCAAGAUUGUUGGGGGCCGGUUCGACUUGUUCGCUGUCCUCUUCGAAAUCGUCAGUGCCUAUGGAACCGUCGGCCUCAGCAUGGGCGUACCCGGUGUCAAUGCGUCACUCUCCUCGCAGUUCUCGGUUCCUGGGAAGCUCAUCAUCGUGGCUAUGCAAAUACGUGGUCGACAUCGUGGGUUACCGUAUGGCCUUGAUCGCGCUGUCAUCCUCCCGAGCGAAGCCCGCCUGAAGAGGGAACAAGAAGAAUCCGAGGCUGCCCUUGCUCGGACAAACACCGUCGUAUCUACUGGUGCCACCACGGGCUUGCAGCGCCAGGCGACUACUGGACGCAGCCGCAGCAGGAGUCGUGAGCGGGCCAAUAGCAGCCUUAUAACACAAUUACUGCACCCGGGUCCCGUCGUCCCCCAAGAGGCCCUCCGUCCAAGGGGAAGAUCAGUCGAGGGACACCAGAGGAGCCGGUCUGUGGACGUUACUGGCGCUCUACCAGAACCCUCAAGCGCCCACUUACAGCCUCGGAUUGAGGAAGACGACGAGCUGCGACAAAUGUCGAGCUAUGACUUUCCACACAAGCCACGACGUAUUGAAUCUUCUGCUUUUUAG